UUUGUGACUAUAUAUACUGGAUGGAAUUUCAUAUUGUUAUCAGUUUAUUUCUGUUCCUGGUCCAACAAAUACCUCUUAAACAUUCAAAAUGAAAUUCAUGAUUGCUCUCGUUCUCUUGGCUUUCGCCACCUACGCCCACGCAUCUGCCAUCGGCCUAGGCCUUGGUCUCAUCAACCCAUUGGCUCUUAGCCCAAUUGGACCCUCUGGAAUUGUCACCGGAGCUGGAGCUGCCGGACCUUCCGGUGUCGUAACUGGAGCUGGAGCUGCUGGACCCGCUGGAAUUGUCACUGGAGCUGGUGCAGUAGGACCUACUGGACCAAACGGACUCGGUGUUGCAGUAAUCGGCGCUCCUUUGGGAUUGGGAUUGGGUUUGGGAGGACACGGUUUGGGAUUGGGAUUAGGUGGAUUAGGAUUGGGAUUGGGUGGAUUGGGACUCAAAGGUUAAUUUUAAUAAUUUAGGGUAUAAAAUUUUUAUUUUUUUCAUAAAGGACUGAAAGGAGAUGAAUAGUUGUAGAUAAUUUUUGCAAUAAAUAAAUGUUUUUCUUAUAGAAAAUU